UUUUUCUUUGCGUUUAGUGUUUUGAGCGGGGAUUUUCAAUUGUAAACAAGCAAUUUUAGUCCGAAGUUACCAAUUUGUUCACACUCACCAUUGUAAAGAUGGAUCCACAAAAGCCCAGAAUAUACAAAACGCUGAAUUACACUAUAACAAAGCGAAAUACAGAAGCUCCCGUAAAAGUUGUGCCGCAAGAAGUCACGUUUUCAGACAGUACUUGUUUACUGGAGCUGAACAACUGCUGCCGCUUAUGCUUGGAGGAGCCACAUCCCAAACAAAUGCUGGACAUGAGCACCAUUUAUGACCAGGACGCGGAAUUGAGCUAUUACGACUGCUACGAGAUCUGCACCAAAGAAGACCUCCGGCAGAUAACAAACGAUAGCGAGCCGAAUACCUUGUGCAAACGUUGUGCAGUGGAACUCCAAUGGGCUUAUGAUUUCCACAAGAAAGUGGCUAUUGCCAAUCAGCAGUUGAGGGAGAUAUUUUGCGUCACCGAAACCAGUGAUGACCCUGAUGAGGAGGAAGGUGAGGACGAUGAUGGGGAUAUGAGUGAUGAGUUCCUUCUAGAGGAGGUUGAAGAUAAGCACGAUGACCCAGAAGCGCAGGAUGAGCAGAAAACCACUAAUAACCUUGAUAAUUUGGAGGACAUCGUCCCACGCCAUCGCCAUUCAGGGCAAUUCAGCUGCAAAUUCUGCCACAAAGUGUUCAAGAACCAUUCCCGCAUGGCCAAGCACCGGCUCAUUCACCUGGCCAACCGUCCUCACUUCCAGUGCAGCCAAUGCGACAGGGGCUACCUUACUAAACAAGCCCUCAAAGUACACGUAGAUUCAAAGCACAGGGAAUCUGGAUCCCGGUGCAACACCUGCGGCAAGGUUUUUGCCAUUGCCAAAGCUUUGGAGAUUCAUGAACGCUAUCACAACAGAGAUUUUCCUUAUGCUUGUGAUCUUUGCGAUCGGCGAUUUGCACAGCGAUCCCAUUUGACUGUCCAUCAGCAGGUGAAGCACACUGGCUCUCGCUUUAUUUGCGAGUUUCCCAACUGCCAGAAGUCUUUUACUUCAUCAUCAUCUCUCAGGAAUCACGAGUGCACCCAUACGGCGAUGCCCUUUGAGUGUGCUCACUGCCAGCAGAGUUUCCCAGCUCGUAACAAGCUUCGCGGGCACCUUGAGCGCAAACACAAUAUGCAGGUGGGGUUAGAUGACCUGGAAGAGAUGCGCAAGUUUCACAUCGUGCGUUCAAAGUUGGUAAUGGCGAAGGUUUAUACAGGACACGAAGAAUCAGACAUCAGUCCCAAGAAGAAUAGCAGUGAUGAGCCUAACUAAGAAACCUAUUUAAAAAAGUAACUUAGAAAGUUGAAACCAAAAGAUGCUACUUGAACUUAAAUAUUUCUUAAUAUAAUAUGAGAAAAGCGCUGUAGAGAAGCUUAUGUAUGAGUUUAAGCGCUAAAAUUAAUCUCUACCAUCACAAAAUCCGUAAAAUUGACUUACAAAUAUCACAUUCAAUUUAUUUCACGCUUUCCUUUGGUUAGCUUACACGGAUAAGGUUAGAUAUUCACAAACAUAUAUAAAGAUAUCAUAGACAAAAUAAAUGCUGCUAAAUCUGA